CUAUAUAAACCGAGCUGAAUUGCAGGGAGCAGGGAGAGUGUGAGACGGAGAAGAAGAGAGAGGAAUAGACGGCGAUACAUCCCGACUGAUAUUUGCCUCCAGGAGUGUUAUUUGACUGCGCUCAGACAAGCAAUGGAAGGGAUACUAACAAAGUUGCAGAGAAGCAGAUUAUCUAUCGGUGUCGACCUGAUGCGAUGCACGGCCGUGUUUGUCCUGCUGCUCAUGUGGAAGGAAGCGGCAUCUGUUCCCCUGAGGCAGGGUCCCAGCGAGCAGCCGGCAGCCUCUCCGGAGCAGCCCGGCGUUAACCAGAGCCGGGGGUGGCCGGGUCUGGUGACCGUAAACUCCAGGACGCCACGGAGAUGGUUAGUCCGCGUCGCAGUGCGAGAGCCGGACUACGAUGGUUCCGAGGAGGAGGAGGAGGAGCCUACAAUGCCCCCCCACCCUCUGCACCCCUUGAAGCAGUGCAACUACGACCGCUGCACCCACAUGCAGGUGCCCUGUGCGGAGUUGCAGAAGGAAAAGCCGUGCCUGUGCCCCGGGAUGGCUAGUCAGUCCAUCGCGCCGGAGCAGCCGAGGGUGGAGCCGGUGACUGGGAUAACGGACCACGAGGCGACUGUGCACUGGUGUGAGCCUCUGUCCAUGGUGAAGAGCUACCAGCUGGUGUACUGGGCGGAGGGCUCUCCAGGCAACACCACCAUCAGCCCCCGCCUCCCCAGCCCCUACCGCGUACACACUUUGGACGGGCUGCUUGCGGGCACCGGUUACGUGGUCUGCGUCCAGGCGAUCAACCCAUCCGGGGCGAGCACCCUGCAAGGCAACGGCAACUGUGUCACCUUCAGCACCACCUCCGUACGCCGCCUGAUCCUCUACCUCGGCAUCAGUGUCUGCACGCUUGUCCUUCUCAGCGUCGCCUGUGUCUCGCUGAAGUGUUACUGUGCCAGGCGCCGCAGUCUCGACUCCUCCUCGCCCACCCCUCCUUCCCCCUCCUCGAUGCCUCUUGGUCUUCGCAACCCCACCUACGAGCAAGACAAGAGCAGCUCGCCGCCGUCCUAGGGUGGUAGUUGGACUUUGAACCCCCCCCCACCAUUCCCCCCCUACCGAGUGAGCCUCCCCUGCUGAAUGCCACCAUUGCUCCUUGGGACAGAGAAGAAGGAUGGGGGGGGGGGGGGUCUGCAACUCAUAUCAUGGAACAAUAUCCUGGACAACCUCAUAUCAAAUGCCAGGAGAAGCCUCCUAGAAGACUGCAGAUCAGAUGGGACCCUGAGAGCAGGCCCUUCGAGCCUCUUCUGUUAUUAUGUAGGAAGGAACUCCAGAUGCCGGCUUACACCGAAGAUAGACAUCAAAUGCUGGAGAGGCCAUUAUUGGGUCAAUUGUGAUCAUGCCUAGCCUUUCGGCUGACUGGUUAGCAUGCAACAAAAGCUUUUCACUCGGUACUAAACUCAACUAAGAUCACGUCAGAACUUCUACCUCAUUGCCCUUACAUAGAAACAUAGAAAAUAGGUGCAGGAAUCGGCCAUUCGGCCCUUCGAGCCUGCACCGCCAUUCAAUAUGAUCAUGGCUGAUCAACCAACUCAAUAUCCUGUACCUGCCUUCUCUCCAUCUUAACUCCUCAAAUAAUCAACAACCUACUGUUUUUUUAACUCUUCUCAGUGACCAAGCCUCGACAAGUCAAGAGAGUCAAGAACAUUUACUUGUCCCAUGUCCCGAAACAAAACAAUGAAAUUCUUACUGGCAGCAGCACAAAAGUCUUCUGGCGUGGAGUGUUCCAGAGGUUCACCACUUUCUAUCUGAAGGUAUUUCCCCUGAACCUCUGACUCCUUGUUCUGAGUCUGUGACCCCUUAGCUGUAGGAAACGUUCUUCAGUCUGAAGAAGGGACUCGACCCGUAACGUCACCCAUUCCUUCUCUCCAGAGAUGCUGCCUGUCCCGCCGAGUUACUCCAGCAUUUUAUGUCUAUCUUCCCUGCAACCAGUCGGUCAAGUCCUAUAAGAAUUUCAAUGCCUUUGCGGUAGAAAGAAAGAAUUGGAGAUGACAAAAAGUUUAAGAAGGAACUGCAGAUGCUGGAAAAUCGAAGGUAGACAAAAAUGCUGGAGAAACUCAGCGGGUGCUGGUUUUCAAAAAAAGGACACAAAGUGCUGGAGUAACUCAGUGGGUCAGGCAGCAUCUCUGGAGAACAUGGAUGGGUGACUUUCGGACUUUCGGGUCGGGACCCUUCUUCAGACUGACACUGGCCUGAAACAGAGGAAUUUCAUCAGUGAAUGGGUGAUGGGUAAUGAAGGUUGUGGAGGCCAAGUCAAUGGAUAAUUUUAAGGCAGAGAUAGAUUUUUGAUUAGUAUGGGGGUCAGGGGUUAUGGGGAGGAGGCAGGAAAAUGGGGUUGAGAGUGAAAGGUAGAUCAGCCAUGAUUGAAUGGCAGAGUAGACUUGAUGGGCCGAAUGGCCAAUUCUGCUCCUAUCACCUAUGAACUUAUGAAUCCUUCCUGCAUGCCUGCUCUCCUAGGGCCCGGUUAUUGCACACAUUCUUAUUUGAUCAGUCAGUCUGUCUGCACCUGAGACAAUCAACAAAGCAGAGGGAAACAAAGUACAACUCGGUGAGCAAGAGCGUGGCUUAGAAGUGUGGAAGCUGGCAUCUGACGGCAUGUCUGGCGUGUGUGUUUAUGUGUGAUGUGUUCCAUAUUCACCCUGACUCAUAGGCUGCUGCUGAAAAUGUUGGCCAAAUUUCAAAAUCGGCCAAAGUUGUGGAAAAUUGACAUUGGCCGACAUGAAUUGUGAUCAUUUGCAACAGUCAGCAAGUAUAUACAGGGAAGAUGGAUUGAGCUGCAUCAGUACUUUUUUUACAGUUUAGAAAUUCCACACCAGACAGAAACAGAGGUCAAGAUUGAACCCAGGACCCUGGCGCUGUGAACAGCAGCUCUAGCAGCCGCUCCAUGCUGUGCCGUCUUUGCUUUGUUUUGUUUAGAUCAGGGAUACAGCGCGGAAACAGGCCGUUCAGGCCACCAAGUCCAUGCUGACCAGCAACCCCCGCACAUUAACACUGUCCUACAUAUACUGGGACAGUUUAUAGAAACAUAGAAAAUAGGUGCAGGAGUUUGCCAUUCGGCCCUUCGAACCAGCACCGCCAUUGGCUGAUCAUCCAAAAUCAGUACCCUGUUCCUGCUUUUUCCCCAUAUCCCUUGAUUCCGUUAGCCCUAAGAACUAAAUCUAACUCUCUCUUGAAAACAUUCAGUGAAUUGGCAUCCACUGCCUUCUGUGGCAGAGAAUUCCAGAUUCACAACUCUCUGGGUGAAAUGGUUUGUCCUCAUCUCAGUCAUAAAUUGGCCUCCCCCUUAUUCUUAAACUGUGACACCUGGUUCUGGACUCCCCCAACAUCAGGAACAUUUUUCCUGCAUCUAGCCUGUCCAAUACCUUUAUAAUUUUAUAUGUUUCUCGAAGAUUGCCUCUCAUCCUUCUAAAUUCCAGUGAAUACAAGCCCAGUCGACCCAUUCUUUCAUCAUAUGUUAGUCCCGCCAACCCGGGAAUUAACCUGGUGAAAUCACGCUGCACUCCUUCAAUAGCAAUAAUGUCCUUCCUCAAAUUAGGAGACCAAAACUGCACACAAUACUGCAGGUGCUGUCUCACCAGGGCCCUGUCCAACUGCAGUAGGACCUCCAUGCUCCUAAACUCAAAUCCUCUCGCAAUGAAGGCCAACUUGCCAUUAGCUUUCUUCAGUUGAGGUGGUGAUAGGGGUGGAAUAAAGAGAUCUAUUGAGUCCCUCCAUGUAAUUCUCAGAACAGUCGUGUCAAGAAUCAUGUUAUCACUCUAUAGGGACAGAACUGGAACCUGUCGGAUCUCGGCGGAGGCAGUUAGUUUAAUCUGCAAUGCACUGUUAGCAAGAAUGGAUGCAAUGGGCCAAAUUGGCCUCUAAUUUAAAUUACAAUGAUCUCUCAGUACAUAUAUAUUAUUGUUUGUAAUUAUUGUAUGAUCUGGAAAUGAUAUUGAUUCCUAAUUGAUCUUUUUGUACCGUUUCAAUGAAAUAAAACAUAUUUUUGUGUA